AUGGCAUCACAUGCGAGUCGCAUGUGCUACAUGCGAAUCGCAUGUGAUGCAGCAUCUGCUGACAGAAAGAGGCGAAAGAAGAAACCAUGCAAUAUGGAUGAGGAUGGUAACCCUGUCCAAAAUCCACCAGUAGAGGUUGGUGAAGAAGCUGCGGGGGCAGGUUAUGCAGCUAAAGUCAAAAGUUGUCCCAAGCAUGGAUUGCCUGAUGGUGUGCUUCUGCAAACAUUUUAUAGAUCUCUGGAUUCGGUCAACAAAUCAGUGGCGAACAACAUUGCAGAGGGGUCUAUUAUGGACAACUCUUAUGCCACCGUUAGUGAAUUGUUGGAUAAAUUGGCCGAGACUAAUGAAGCAUGGCACACUAGGUAUUCGGAAGUGGGUGGAGGAAGUUCCUCCAAACAUGUGCUCACUCGUGAGAUGAUUAAGAAGGAGGAAGAGAGAGAUGAGUCCAUGGCCAAACUUGUCACCCAAAUGGACCUUCUAACAAAACAUGUCAUGGGUGGCGGAAGCAAAAAGGUGAAUGCGGUAGAAUCCUUUGAAGGGGGUCCUCCGGAUGAGCAAUGUUUCCAAAUGUAUGAUGAGGAGGCGAGCUAUGUCAACAAUCUAAGGGAGGGUUCCCGUCCGAACUACCAAGGUCCGAAUCAAGGAUCUUGGCGGCAAGGUCAAGGGAAUCAAGGUUGGAACAAAGAACAAGGUCACUCUAAUUGGAGAGAAAAUCGUGACAACAAUCAAGGUUGGAACAAAGAACAAGGUCACUCUAAUUGGAGAGAUAAUCGUGACAACAAUCAAGGGGGGUACAAUAGCAAUUACAACAAUCAUCGGAGCACAAAUCCGUAUGUCCCUCCAAAGGGAAAUCAACCAAGCUCUAGUCAACCGCCCAAUAGCGACUCCACUAGUUCAAAAAUUGAAGAUAUGUUGUCAAAGGUAUUGAGGAAAGUGGAGUCCACCGACACCUUUUGCAAGGAGACUAGAGAUGAGGUCAAAUCCAUGGGUCAAGUUGUAAGCUCACACUCCACCUCCAUUAAACAAUUGGAGUCUCAACUUGGCCAAAUCUCGGCAAUCCUAAACCAAAGGCAGAAAGGCUCACUCCCUAGUGACACAGUUGCUAAUCCAAGGAACGAUGGUGAACAUAAAUGCAAUGCAAUUACUACUAGGAGUGGCAAAACAAUUGGGGAAAAGGACUUGGUGAACGAAAAUGUGUUGGGUGAU